AUGAGGAAAGAGUCCAUGACCCAUUUGCAUACCUUUGGUGAGCGUUCCAUCACGCGUGUCGAUCUUAAGAACGCAACGCGCAUUGUGGUCAAAAUGGGAACUAGUGUAGUAUCCACGAAUGGCGAGCCUGCAUUAGGUCGCAUUGCGUCUAUCGUUGAGCAAGUUUGUAUGCUGAAGCGCCAGGGCAAAGAAGUGUUGGUGGUUACAAGUGGCGCUGUUGGCAUUGGCCGUAAGCGUCUUAAUAAGCAAAUUCUUCUUUCCGCUUCGUUGCGCACGCAUGUACAGGGGAAUCAGCAAAUGCUGGCGCUCGAAAAAAAGCAGGGUGCCAUGGCUGCAGCUGGUCAAAUUGGUCUGAUGUCGUUAUAUGAGACGCUCUUUUCAUUAUACGAUGUAGCUUGCUCACAGGUGCUCGUCACGGCUUCCGACUUUAAGACAGCUCAGAAUCGCGCCAACAUGCGCGACACAAUGUUAAAUCUCCUCGAGCUUGACGUCGUUCCCAUCGUCAAUGAAAAUGAUGCGGUCAGUGCUUCACCUGACGGAACUGUGUUUACCGACAAUGACUCACUUGCUGCUUUGGUGGGCGGGGAAAUCGGAGCCGACUUGCUCAUGCUACUUACCGAUGUGGAAGGUCUAUACAAUAAGCCACCCACACACCCUGGUGCCAAAGUCAUUUCAGUUUUUAUUCCUGAAAACAACAACUUUAGAAUUGGAGAAAAGUCUAGUGUCGGGCGUGGUGGCAUGGGCGCAAAAAUUAAAGCUGCGCAAUCGGCUAUUUCACAAGGAGUUAAGGCCGUGGUCAUUGCUAGUGGCUUUCGAUACGGCGUUGUUGCCUCCAUAGUAAAGGGUGCUAAUCUCGGCACGCUUUUCGUCGCCAAUCCAGGCGCUGAAUCACCAGACUCAAUGUCUGCUGAGGAAAUGGCUUUUUCUGCUCGUAAAGGCAGCCAUCAAUUACAAAUGUUGUCAUCAGAGGAGCGUGUCCAUAUUCUAUUUCGCGUCGCUGAUGACUUAAAAAGAAAUUUUAGCACAAUUCUUGCCGCUAACCGCCAGGAUCUUCUGGCAGCGCAGAAAUCAUCCAUUGACGAGGGUUUGAUCGCUCGAUUGAAGUUGACGGAGGAGAAACUGGAUACGCUUAUCGACGGUAUUCGUAGUAUUGCCGAGUCGGAAGAGCCAAUAGGUCGCAUUCUCAAACGCACAGAGCUCGCGUCAGGCCUUAUUUUACACCAAGAAACAGCUCCGAUUGGUGUACUGCUUGUCAUCUUCGAAAGUCGUCCGGACUCCCUUCCGCAAAUCGCUGCGCUGGCCUUGCGUAGUGGUAAUGGUCUGCUAUUGAAGGGUGGCAAGGAAGCGCGUCACAGUAAUGCUGAAUUACACAGGAUUAUCGUUAAUGCGGUGGAAGAAGCUUCGCAGGGCAAGGUGAAGAAAGAUGUUAUUGGGUUGGUCACAUCACGCGACGAGAUCUCGGACUUGCUCUGCAUGGACAAUGUUAUCGACCUUUGUAUUCCUAGAGGUUCAGGCUCCAUGGUAAGUCACAUCAAAAAGAACACACGCAUCCCUGUCCUCGGCCACGCAGAAGGUGUUUGCCACAUGUACAUCCACAGUGCAGCCGAUAUUAACAAGUCAAUUGAGCUCGCCAUUGAUGCCAAAACCGACUAUCCGGCCGCCUGUAAUGCUCUUGAGUCACUGCUGCUCGAUGAAGCUGUAGUGAGUAGUGGACAAGACAAGAAGAUCCUAGCGAAACUAGAAAAGGCAGAUAUCAAUCUCCAUAUUGGACCUAAUGCAGCCAGCUUAGGUGUUGCUACUGCUAAGUCGCGUCCUACGGACUCACUGUCUACCGAGUAUGGCUCGAAAGACCUCACCAUCGAGGUAGUACACGGUCUGAGUGCUGCAAUUUCUCACAUCAACCAGUACAGCAGUGGGCAUACCGAAUGCAUCGUAACGGAGGAUGCUGCAGCCGCUGAAACUUUUCAACGAAGAGUAGAUAGUGCAUGCGUGUUCCACAAUGCCAGUACUCGAUUUGCGGAUGGCUACCGGUUUGGUUUGGGUGCCGAAGUCGGCAUCAGCACGGGCCGAAUUCAUGCUCGUGGGCCGGUAGGGGUCGAAGGUCUGCUUACGACCAAGUGGAUACUUGCAUCAGAGAGUGGUCACAUCGUCUCGCAAUUUUCAGGGACAAAAUGCAAAAGCUCGUUAAAGUAUACCCAUCGGAAAUUAGACUUGAUCCAAAAAGACGCAAGUGUUGCCCGCCCGCACAGUAGCCGGCUAUAA